CCUAGUAUUAAUGACUAGAAGAUUGCUUGAGAGAUCUCGAUCGGAGGUUGCCGGGAAAGCCAUGGGGAAAUACGUGGCGCUGUUGGACGCCGGAGUAAGAAUGGCGGCGCGUUUCAAUUCCCACUGCCCACAGACCUCUAGGAUGUAUUACCACCCUCCUGCUAAGCACGAGCAGAACCACUACCGCGACGACGAUGAUCGCCGCCGUGCUUUUGCCUUCCAAAACUACCGCCGCCUUCAAGAUGAUGGUGUUUCCGGGAGCGGCGGCGCCGUUGGGGAUAAUGUGAGUGCGGCGGAUGGGGCUGGCACGGGAUUGAUUCUGCUGACGUCAGGCCUAUGAUAUUGGAAAGUGAUAAGUAUAUUUAGGUAAAAAAAUUUAUCAUAUGAUUUUUAUUGAAAAAGAAAACAAAAAUUGUGAUGAUAGAUUUUUUUUUUUCCCUAAGAAAUAGGGAUAUAUAUGUAGCAUUACUUUAUGAUAUAUGAUGUUAUAGGAUUAUAUCUACCAUGGUUGAAGGUUAAUUAUGAUUAAAUUUCAUUGAAAUUGUUAUUUC